UAAUAACAUUAUUACAACAGUGUUGACUGACUCAAGUGAACCGGCUCUUUAAGAAGGUGUUCAUCUUGUAUCCUGUUUGUAUCCGUGGCAGUUCACUCGGUGUGUGAUGUGUACCAUCUGAGCCAGCCUGCCCGCACAUUCCUCUCCCCCGAAGAGUGUGAGCGUGGCGCUUGGAGUCAGGGGGCAGAGGAGGGGAAGCGGGUUCCGGCGGGGAUCGACCCGAGUCCAAGGCUUCCGACCUCGGCCAGCGAGAGGAGAGGGAAUUCGGCUCCGAUGGAGUCCCAGGAGUCCCAGGACGCACCGGACGUUCCCGAUGUGCAGCGAGCCUUCAUCUGUGCCUCGUUUAACCAGGACACCACUUCUCUGUCAGUGGGCACCAAGACCGGCUACCGGCUCUUCUCAGUUACUGCUGUGGACAAACUGGACUGCAUCCAUGAGGGAGUAGAGUGUCCAGACGUGUACAUCGUGGAGCGCCUGUUCUCCAGCAGCCUGGUGGUGGUGGUCAGUCUGUCCAUGCCACGGCGGAUGAACGUCUACCACUUCAAGAAAGGUACAGAGAUUUGUAACUACAGCUACUCCAACAACAUCCUCUCCGUCAGGCUCAACAGACAGAGGCUGGUGGUUUGUCUGGAGGAGUCGGUCUACAUCCACAAUAUCAAAGACAUGAAGCUACUCAAAACCCUGCUGAACACCCCCACCAACCCCACAGGUCUUUGCGCUCUCUCCGUCAACCACAGUAACUCCUACCUGGCGUACCCUGGCAGCGCCACCAUCGGAGAGAUCACCGUCUACGACGCCAACAACCUGAGCACUUUGACGCUGAUCCAAGCCCACGACAGUCCCCUGGCCGCCCUCACCUUCAACGCCUCUGGCACCAAACUGGCCAGCGCUUCAGAGAAGGGCACCGUUAUCAGAGUCUUCAGCGUUCCCGAAGGACAGAGACUGUUUGAAUUCCGCCGAGGGAUGAAAAGAUAUGUUAGCAUCAGUUCACUGUCCUUCAGCGCAGACGCCCAGUUCCUGUGCGCCUCCAGCAACACUGAGACAGUCCAUAUAUUUAAACUGGAGCAGCACAGCCCCAGUCAAGAUGAGGAGUCUCCCACAUGGUCCACGUACAUGGGCAAAAUGUUCACAGCGGCCAGCACCUACUUGCCCACUCAGGUGUCCGACAUGAUGCAUCAGGACAGAGCCUUCGCCACAGUGCGACUCAACAUGUUCGGCCUGAAGAACAUCUGCUCCCUGGCUACGAUUCAGAAGCUCCCUCGCCUGCUGGUGGCGUCCUCCGACGGGUGUCUCUACAUUUAUAAUGUGGAUCCUCAGGAUGGAGGCGAGUGCGUCCUGGUCCAAAAACACAGGUUGUUUGAGUCCAGCGAGGAUGAGGUGGAACAGAAGGAAGAGGAGGAUCCAGAGGAUGUUGUUCCCCAACCAGCCAGCCAAUCAUACGCUGCCACUGUGGCUCUCCCUUCAACCCCGCCCUGCUCCACCACUCUCCUGGGUUACUCUGAGGACGGUGGAGCCCAGAAGGGUGACGUCAUCCCGGAGCACGAGUUCGCCGAGAGCCCCGUCUGUCUGGAUGACGAGAAUGAGUUCCCUCCCGUCAGCAAACCAGAGUAACUGACCAAACCCCGCUCACGUUAAACAUCCGAUCCCUGCGCAACAAUCAGACCGUUCCAAGCAGGAAAGGUGUACAAAGAUAUUCCUGUGUUGAGACAUUGUGGCACCCCCUCCCCCCCCCCCAGCCCUUUCCACACGUGCCCCUGCUGGCCUAGGGUCAAAUCUGGCUAGAAUGUUACUUCCUGGUGUUUCUGUAUUCUGCGUCCCUCUCACUUUUUAUAAGGAAUAAAGAUUUGUUUUUUUAAAAGCACGGAAGAAACACAUUCACAACAUGCGAGACAAGUUUAAAGGCUCCACUGUUAACGCCCAUAUUACGCCAUUAACAACAGUGUUCAACUUUGAAUAAGGAAACCCUUUGUCACUAUCUGGCAGAGUAUUAAUGAGCAGACUGAAGGUGGUGCAGGAGAGGCUGCAGCUGAUGUAGAGUAACCUGAGGUCACCUGCAUGUAAUGUUAGCAGCUUCUAAACAAGUGCAAUCAGACGAUAAUAUAAAUAUAAAACUAGUCAACUCUCAGAAGAUCAUGACUUCUUUUCUGUUACUUUCAAGUCUUAGAAAUUAGCAUCUGAAAAUCUAUCGACGGGCAUGUGUGUGUGUGAUCAGGAGCUCGUCGACGGGCAUUAAACGUGCCACACCUCAGUGCAGAGGAGCACACUCAAGAAGGAAGAGAUGUUUUUGUUUUUAAGUGUGAUACACUAUUUAAAUCAGGAUACAUGCAGUAGGUAUUAUAUGACUUGCAGAUGCAGCUGUCGUACUAAUUAUGGUAGCGACAUACGAGACUAAACACCUGCAGAGUCCCAAAUGUAACCCGAUGAUAUAUGUGGAGGAGUCGGCUCUGUGGGAGGAGCGGUCAACAGCGAACUGUGAAAAGCUUGAUGGUGAAGCUGUAUGCAACAAAGUUACAAGUCCUUGAAUUUCAGUGAUCUCCUGAAGAGCUUUUUUAUUUACUACAUUAUCCUGAAUACAGUAUGUUAACAUGCAAGUCAUUUUUACUUUGAUGUAUUAAAUAUUAUUUUGCAAAAAUGUAUUACACAUCGACGCAUAGACCUACCAUGCGUGAAUAUAUAUUGAGGGUUUUUACUGUGUGUAUAAUGUAUAUAUAACAUUUAUAUAUAGUACUGUUGUUAUAAGUAACAUGAUAAUACCAUUUGAUUUGCCAAAAGGUGGCGCUGUUAGGACACCCGCACGCUGCAUUGAGCUGUUCUGGACAUUAAAGCAGAUUCAACCUCUA